CUUACAAUAACCUUGCGCCGAUCCUGUCUUGUUAGUACAGGAGCACCAACUUAAAAUUCAAUUAUCAUGGCGCCCAGCUUGUUUGGGGAUCAAAAUUUGUUUUAGGUGCUGUUCUAGGGCGGUUUCUGAGAUCUAUGAUCUAUGGUUAUCGCCCUUUUUAAAAUUAUAAAACACUGUCCACUUUUAUAACAAUAAACUGAGUACUAUUUAUUAAACAAUAUGAAGAUUUUUCUAGUACUCCAUAAUAAUUAAUACAAUAAUUAAAUCCUCGAAAUAAAUGUAGAAUCUAAUGUCACUUUGACACGUCAUUGUCAUUUUUUAGGUUAGAAAAAAGGGUGUAAUGUUAAUGUUUAUUUUGGAAAAUAAGUAAUCUACAAAGAAAAAUGUUUAAAAAGCUCAAAGAAAAAAUCACAGAAGAAGUGAAAAUUUCACCACAAAGGUUUGUGGAAUUCACUCAAUCGGUUAGUGAUAGAUUACAAAACAAUUCAACAUCAGAUGAUAAUUUCUUUUCAAUAGGAGAUGAUGAUACAAAUACCUCAGUAGAUAGUAGUAGUUAUGGAUUUUCCAGUGUGCAAUUAGUCUCUCCUCAAGAGAGGAUUCGAAAAAGUUCCACAUCCUCAUUAGCCAGUGAUGUCUCUUUUUUACCCAAAUAUGAACCCGGCAGCAUGUAUCAUUUACAAUCAGACUUGGAUAUUUCGGCUAGUGAAGUAGAAGACAAUAUUUCAACAGCAUCUUCUCAGUUAGGGCAUCUAAGUAAGGAACAAAUAUAUUCAGCUUUUCAAAAGUCUCAAAGACAAUACCAUAAGUAUAGAGGCAGAUACACAGACUUAUCAAGACACUAUAAAGAUUUAGAAAGAGAAAUUAUAAAAAUGAAGAGUGUAUUGGUUGAAACUCAAGACAAAGCUAUAAGAAGAGUUACUGAAUUAAAAGAGCAAUGCAGCUUAGAGCAGAAAGCCAAAGCUCACUUGGAAAGUGCUCUCAGAGAUGAUAUUGAUGAAAAAAAUUACAAAAUAAAAACACUUCAAACCAAAAUUGGCCUACUUCAAAAUGACCAUACAACAACUAAUUUAAUGAACGCCGAAGAAAAUGCUAACAACUCUGAAAAUUUAGAAACAUUAACAAAAUACCUUAACGAAUCUAGAAAAGAAAUUGAAAAAUUAAAUGCUAAAAUACAGGAAUUAAAAGCAAAUGCUAUAGUUUUUCAAAGCAAGGAACAAGAGUACAAAUCUAAGCUUUCCAGUUUAGAAAAAGAAAUUGUUCAAUUUUCUGAAAGAGAAAAAGAAAAUAAUUUAAAUUUAGCCCAAAAUAAAAUGGAAUUACAUAAUGAAAUUCUAAUUAAAGAUUCCGAAAUAUCAAACUUAAAAAGAGAAACUGAAACACUAAAACAAAAAUUGGAAACAUUUGAAAUAGAAGGCAAAUCAAACAGUAAUCAAAAAAUGGAAAAUUUACAAAGUCAGAAUACGAAAUUGAUUGAAAAAGUUGAAUCGUUAACCCAAAAAUCCAAUAAUUUAGAAAGUGAAUUGAUAAAAAUGCAAACUUACAAAAUAGAAAUAGAUAACUAUAAACAAAAAUAUGUUGAAUUAGAAAAACAAGUAAUUGAUUUACAAAAACACAAUGAUGCACUUUCUAACUUAAACUCACAACAAAUUAAAAGUUUACAAGAACAAAAAGAAAAUUAUGAAGAGCAAAUUUCACAUCUGCGUGAAGAUGCAAAGAAAGGUAUUUUAUCAUUGGACAAUAAAAUUAGACAAAAAUUAGAAGUAGAAUUUUUGGAAAGAGAAGAAGAAAUUCGGAAUGAAUUUACAGCUAAAUUACAAGAAUUAAGUUCUAAUAAUACAACACAAGAAUUACAAUUGCAAAUAUUCGAAAAAGACAGUCUUAUUAAAAAAAUAAGUGAACAGAUAAAUGAAACCAAUUCAGAAUUAAUUAAGAAAAUGGAAGCUUACACUGACUUGGAACAAAACCAUUUAGAACUAAUAGAAAAUUGCACAAAACUACGAGACACAAUAUCUAACUUUGAAAAGGAUAAAUUAGCACUCGAUUCUUAUGAAGAAAAAAUUAGUCGACUUGAGGCACACAUUAACACAUUGCAAGAAGAAUUAAAAACUUCAAACAAUAAUUGUAAGAAAGCAGAAAAGGAAUUAGAUGAUGUUAAAGCCGCUUUAGUUAACUCCUCUAAACAGAUCAAACUUCUCGAAGAACAGCAGUUACAAGAGAACGCUGAUGGCAAUGAAAUUGAAUCAAAGUUGAAAAGUUUAGAAGAAGUUAAAAAACAGCUUGCUUCUGAAAAUGAGAAGUUAACAGAAACAAUUGAUCGUCAAAAUGAAAACAUUGAACAUCUAAAGCAAAAUCUAGAAGAUGAAAAAGAAAAACUCAAUGAUAUAAAUGAAAAACAUUCAAAUGUUGUAAUGGAAUCAGAAGACUUAAAAGAACGGGUUAGAUUGUUUGAGUUAAAAGAGGAUUCUAUGAAUAUUAAAAAAAACGAAGUUGGAUUGUUAAAACUAAAACUUCAAGAAUUAGAAAAAACGCUUAAAUUGAACUUAGAAUCGGUUGACAAAGAACAUGAAUCAAUAUCAGAAGAUCUUGAUUCUAUCAGAAAAGAGCUGAAUCUUACGGAAGAAGAAACUUUCAUUAAUCAGUUUAACCAAGGUGGUAUUACAUUAAAAUUGGAUGCUUUGAAAGACAUGUGUGCUAAGAAAAAUAAAGAAUAUAAUGAAUUGCUUCUGAAACAGUCCGAUUUAGUAACAGAAAAUGUGUCUAAACUCACUCAAGUUGAAAAGCUCCAGUCAGAAAUGGCCAGUAUUUUAAGUACAAAUAAAGAUUUUGAAUCAAAAAUUCACAAUUUAGAAGACAGUAUUAAAAAAAGUAAUAGUAAUUUGGAAGAAAAAGAAAUUUUAUUAAAUAAUCUUACGUGUAGCUUACAAGAAAAUCAGAAUAAAUUACAUGACCUGGAAAAAGUGUUCUCUUUAGAACAAGACAAAUGCAGUAAAUUUUCCCAAGAGAAUGUUCUGUUAGUAACAAAAUUAAAAGAACUGGAAGAAAAAUACAAACUACUUGAAGUAAACCAACAAAAAUUAGAUACAGAAAAAUCGGAGUAUAAUGAUAUACAACACAAGCUACAGAUGAUAGAAAAAGAUUAUCAACAUUUGCAAAACCAGUAUGAGGAAGAAAAAAUAUUAUAUGAUAAAUCAGCAAAAGAAAAUAAAGAAACUAUUGACAAGUUGAAAAAAGAUUAUACUAAGGCAAACGAAGAAAGCAAACAUGAAAAAAUAAACGCUGAAAGUAUUAAUCAAAAAUUGCAACAAUUAAUGGAAACAAAUAAUAAAUUAAAAGCAGAAACACAAGAAAUUAUUGCAACAAAUGAAAAACUUAAGAACGAAAAAGAAGAUAAAGAAAAGGAAAUUUCUAAACUUUCUAGCGAUAUCAUCAACUUAAGUAACACAAUAGAAAAACAAAAUAUAGAAUUUAAUAAUCUCCUUACAAAAACUAACGAUUUAGACAGUAUGUUAGAAAAUAUUAGGACUGAAAAGGCAAAUGCAAUAACACAAGAAAAAGACCAACAAAAUCACUUAAAGUCGAAAAUAGAAGAGUUGAAUAAAAAAUUGGAGCAAGGAUCUAAAGAAAUUAUUGCACUAAAGGAACAUAUUUCUCAAUUAGAAAUCUCUCACAGAGAUGAGAAGGAAAAAUUGGAGAAAAAGCUAUCAGAAUAUACAGAACUUGAAUCUAAAUUGAAAAAACACAAUGAUGAUUUGAAAACUAAGGACCAAGAAAUUUAUAUUCUUAACACAGAACGGGAUAGUCUUUUGGAAGAAAUUACUACACUAAGAGGAAGUCUAGGACAAAUGGCUAAUGAGAUUUCUCAAAAAGGAAACAUUGAUGCAAGAUUAAUCCACUCAGAAUGCGAAAAAGAAGAUUUAAAACUUCGAAAUGCUAAAAUUAAAGAAGAAAUAUUGGAGUUGAAUAAGAGGAUACAGGAACUCUCAUUAGAUAAUAGAAAUAUAUUGGAAGAAAACCAAACCCUAUCUCAGGAAAAAGAAGAACUCAAAAUUGCCUUAGAACUUCUAAAAGAUGAACCAAAUACCGGACCAGAUCUAGAAAAACUUAAACUAGACAAUUUAACAUUAAUUAACACUAUAGAAGAUCUUACCGCUAAAAUAACCGAAUUGCAAGUACAACAUUCUAAACUUAUAAAUGAAAGAAGAUUGUCCACCACUAAUGAAAUAGAUAUAACAAAAAUUCAACAAGAUUUUUACGAAAUUAAAGAAAAAUGUGAUGACCUUUUUAUAGAAAACAAAAAUUUAAAAUUAGAAUAUAAUACCUUAGAAGAAAAAUGCAACAGAUUUGGGAAAAUAAAAGAUAAAUUAGAAACACAAAUAAGCGAUUCAGAGCGACAUUACAGCGAAUUACUUAGAGAAAAAGAACUACUAGCAGACGAAGUACAAGAAUUAAAAACGGCUCCCGUAAACUAUAAAAAUGAUAUAUCUCGUUUGGAUAAUCUGGAAACAUUAAAAAAAGAACAGAGUUUUUUGAAAGAUUCAGAGAAGCAGCUCUACCUUAGCGAAUUAGAAGUACUCAGGGACAAACUAACUAAGUAUAAAUCAUUAGAUCUGACCAACAAAAGUUCUAUAGAAUUUUAUGAAAAUGAGUUACAGAAGAUGAAGAUCCAGAAUGAUAAGUUAAAUCGAAAAUUGGAUGAAACUUUGGUGACUUUAAAUCACUGCGCUGAAUUGUCAACUUCAACGGAGGUAGAAUAUUUGAGAAAUGUGCUGUUCAAUUAUAUGCUGGGAAAGGAAAGUGUCGUAUUGGCGAGAGUGAUAGCAGCCGUUUGUAAAUUUGAUCCUCAUCAAACUGAAUUGAUUUUACAAAAAGAACAACAGAAGCAGACAUUGUUAGGCCAGCUGGGACUCAUUUAACAGUUAGAAGGCUAAAUUUGAGCAAGCCUAAAUUUAACUAAUGCCCAAAUGCAUUGUACCUACUGAGCUAGGAAGCUACAAGUACUUGUCCCACAGGGGUACGAAUAAACUGAAGAAGAGACAGCAUAAAUGAUUCCCCAGUAAUUCCUUUUUUAUUAUUUCAGAUAAUGUAAUUCAAAAGUUCGAACUACAUACUUUUAUAUAUCCUGGAAUUUAAUAAAUAAUUCUAGGUCAUAUAAAAUAAGUGUAUUUUGAAAUAUGUUGAUUCAAUAUGAAGGUAAUUCCUUUUCGGACUCUUGAAUUGUAUUGCAUUAUUUAGAAGCUAACAUAAUUUGGUUACGUUUAUAUAUUUACAUAGAUGGUUAAUAUUUUCUGUGAAUUUUAGCAUUUCUAAAACACUACAUUAAUAAAACAUUAAAAAUACUUACAUUGCUCAAAACAUUUUUUUUUUUUUUUUUUUUGAAAUAGUCUCUAACAACACACUGAAGUGGUAAGUAGUCUUUUACAGAAUCAAUUAUUAAAAUUAAAAUCCAACUUGAUUUGACCAGUUAUAAAUUUUUAUUACAAUAUUGUUUUACUUCUAUUUUCUUUUUAGUGCCAAGAAAAUAUUGUAUGUUCUUGAAAAGUUCUAACAGAAAAAUAAUUGGUAUUUAUUUACACUGCUCAUCAAUUGAACUAUAUAAUUCUAAUUAUCUUUAACCAAACAUGACAAUGUGGAAAACCAUCCUCAGCACGUUCUCAAUAAUUUCUGCUAAAAAUGUUGUGAAUUUCACAAUAAGUUGUUAAUGGUUCUAUUUCUAGCUUAUUUUUCAAUUGAAGAUUAGUUUCAUUUUGUUCCUUUGGUUACAUUAUAACAUUACACUUUUAUUAGAUUUUCUUGUGUUUUUUGAAAUAUCCACUACGAAUGUUGAGCAGUGUGGUUUUGUUAAUUUAAAAUAUCUAAGGAAAUUUGGGGAUCAUAUACUGAUUAAAAAUUAUUAAUGAUGCUAAUAACACAAAAUAUGGAAUUGCUGUUAUUUUCUAAAUUACAAAAUGAAUUUUUGUGAGCAUUCCAAUUUUAAUAUAAUUGUAAAACAAACAAAAGUGUUUUAUAGAAGUGAUGGGCUCUUAUUUAUUUUUUUGUAUUUAGAUUAACUAUUAACAUUUUUUUUUUAAUUUAUAUAUGUACAUAUUGUUAUUUAAAUAUUAUUUUUAUGUAUGUUAUAGUAAAUUUUUUAGUCUC